GAUCCCAUUGGUAUAAUUCUCUCAGGCUAAGCUAAUCUUUAUAAAUAGUUAUACAUGGGUAAAAUCUGUUUCUUGCAUUUUGUCCUGACUCCUGUGGCAGGUUUUAUAUAGUCAAUCCUUCAGCUAUUGAACCAUGUCAGCCUUCGUUGGAAAGUAUGCAGAUGAGCUGAUCAAGACUGCCAAGUACAUUGCCACCCCUGGGAAGGGGAUUCUAGCAGCAGACGAGAGCACAGGGACUAUUGGGAAACGAUUUGCUAGCAUCAAUGUUGAGAACAUUGAGUCCAACCGCCAAAUCCUCCGAGAGCUCCUAUUCACUUCUCCUGGUGCUCUCUCUUUCAUCUCUGGGGUUAUUCUCUUUGAGGAAACUUUGUACCAGAAGACCUCUGAAGGGAAGCCUUUUGUUGAGGUCCUCCAGGAAAAUGGUGUAAUUCCGGGGAUUAAGGUUGAUAAGGGGGUUGUUGAGUUGGCAGGAACCAAUGAGGAGACGACAACUCAAGGGUUCGAUUCCCUUGGGGCCCGUUGUCAAGAGUACUACAAAGCUGGGGCAAGGUUUGCCAAGUGGCGAGCUGUGCUUAAGAUUGGGGUCACAGAGCCCUCUGAGCUCGCCAUCCAGCAAAAUGCACAGGGGUUGGCCCGUUAUGCUAUUAUAUGCCAGGAGAAUGGGCUGGUCCCAAUUGUUGAGCCUGAGGUGCUGACCGACGGGAGCCAUGACAUUAAGAAGUGCGCUGCUGUGACUGAGACUGUGCUUGCUGCAGUCUACAAAGCUCUGAAUGAUCACCAUGUACUCCUUGAAGGCACCCUUCUCAAGCCCAACAUGGUUGCCCCAGGUUCCGAUAGCCCCAAGGUUGCUGCAGAGGUGAUUGCAGAGUACACUGUGACAGCACUGCGGCGAACAGUCCCACCUGCAGUCCCGGGAGUUGUGUUCUUGUCAGGUGGGCAGAGUGAGGAAGAGGCAACAGUGAACUUGAAUGCGAUGAACAAGCUGGAAGUGCUGAAGCCAUGGACAUUGUCUUUCUCAUUCGGUCGAGCGCUGCAGCAGAGCACCCUCAAGACAUGGUGUGGGAAGAAAGAGAAUGUCAGGAAAGCACAGGAGGUGUUCUUGGCUAGGUGCAAGGCCAACUCUGAGGCUAGCCUUGGCAAGUACAUUGCUACAGGAAGUGCUGCUGCUGCUUCUGAGAGCUUGUUUGAAAAGGCUUACAAGUACUAGGAUAAUUUCCUUGAUUUUUAAUAUGUAUGCUAUAUAAAGUUUUAUUUCUGCUAAUCUGAAUACAUGUAUGUAUAAACAAUAAAGCUUCUUGAUACUUCUUUCAAUGUCUAAUUUGUAAUUUCUAUAUGAA